GUUGCGUUGGGCGAUGUGGUAACCAGCCUGACAGCAAGUACGACUGUGAGUGCAACUCUCACUGCACCAGGUUCAACGACUGCUGUGAUGACUACAAAAGUCACUGUUUGCCCGGCUGUGCCGGACGAUGUGGUCAGGCCCCGAGCAACAACCACCACUGCCAGUGCAACUCGCACUGUGUCAGGUUCGGGGACUGCUGCCAGGAUUAUCAGACGCUCUGUACAUCUCACGGCAGUAGCACAGGGGGCAGUACAGGCAGCAGUACAGGUGGUAGUACCGGCAGUGGCAGCGGCAGUCACAGCAACGACAUGUUUUGCAACAGCAUCAAGCCUGCCAGCAGCUCCGGCACUCCGCCCAGUACGAGUGGAAGCGGAUGUAGAAGCAUGACCCUCAAACAGGUGACGGAGGAGCUGUGGAGAAAUGACGUGAACCGCCUGGGCUGCAAGGACCUGACCGUCAACUACCAGGCCAAGAUUGGGGACGGCUCCAAGAACAACGCUGCCAGAUACAAGUUAUUCACAAACGCGACCCACAGCAAGAUGAACGGCGAGACAUUCAAAACUUUCAAGGCUCUACUCAACAACUACGUACCAGCCAAGGGGGCCCAGGAACAUGUGACGUCACACGAACUGCAGGAAGAGGAAGCCUUCCUGGACGCCAUCUUUAGAACAUCCGUUAUGAAGACUCUUCAGAACUACUUGAUCUGCUCAGGCUCCGUCAGGAACCAUGCAGAGCUUCGGGAGCGGCUCAUCAAGAUGUGGUUUGACCUUUACCCCAGGAGCGGAAGUGGCGUUCACGAUGACACCAGCGGUUUUGAGCACAUCAUGGUCGGUGAGUACAAGUCUCGAGGUGUCGCCAGCGGUUACCACAGCUGGAUUGCCUUCUACGAAGACGAGAAGGAUGGCGAGCUGGACUAUUUCGGUUAUGUCCAACAGAAACCA